AUUUAAACGGAAAAAAAAAAUUAUGGCAGAGAGAUUUUAAAGGCAUGAGUUAUUUUCAUCAUUUUCACUAAGUCAUACAGUGAGAUUGAGAGAUAUAUAUCCCUAGAGAGAGAAACAGAGGCACUGAAAAAUGCCUCCCUUCUACUGGUAAAGAGCUUGUUCAAACUCUCUGAUGUUAAUUUAAAUAGGUGGGUAGGAAAGAAAUCCUUCCAUUAAUUCGAACCAAAAUAAAAACUCUCGAAAUUUUUAGGUUUGAAUUGAAGAAGCAACCCAUCUUCACCAACCAAAAAACAGAGACAAAUUGGAAAGAGAACAGAGUAUGUUUACAGAGAAAUGUAUAUAAAAAUGGAGAAAAAGAGAGGAAUAUUAAUAUCUUUUACCGACAAAACUUGAUAUCCUACUUUCAUGGAAGAGAUAAGAUCAUCAUCAUCAUCAUCAUCAGUGAUCUAAGAAGAAAAAUAAGGAUACCAUCUUUCUGGUACGAGGAAACAAGUGAUCUUAAAAAAGUUUAAAAAUAUAUUAAAGGUUGCUCUAAUGGAGAGUACUUUAGAUCUUAAUGAUUCUUCAAGGCAGACUUCCAUGAAGGAUGUAGAAAUAAUAGAAGAAGUAGAGAAAGGAAAAGGGAUUGGAUCAGUUUCAAAUUCAAGUUCUUCGUCAGUAUCACAAGAAGAUGAAAGUUUGAAGAGAAAAAGUAGUAAGAUCUUUGGUUUCUCUGUAACCCAUGAUUGUUCAUCUACAGAGAUUGGUGAACCUAUGAUUACUAGACAGUUUUUCCCAAUGGAAGAAUCGGAUAAUAGUAAUACAAUAACUGGUGCGUCAACUGGAGGAGGAGGAGGUGGGUUUAAUACUUCUUCUUCUACUACUAGUUUCCCAAGAGCUCAUUGGGUUGGUGUAAAAUUCUGUCAAACUGAACCAGUUGGAGCUUCGAAAACAUCAAUGGAGGUUAUAUCACAACAACCCUUGAAGAAAAGUAGAAGAGGGCCAAGGUCUAGAAGCUCUCAGUAUAGAGGUGUCACUUUUUACAGAAGAACUGGUCGUUGGGAGUCUCAUAUUUGGGAUUGCGGGAAGCAAGUUUAUCUGGGUGGAUUUGAUACCGCACAUGCUGCAGCUCGUGCUUAUGACAGAGCAGCAAUCAAAUUCAGGGGAGUUGAAGCAGAUAUUAAUUUCACUUUUAAUGACUAUGAAGAUGAUUUAAAACAGAUGACUAAUUUAACCAAGGAAGAAUUUGUUCAUGUACUUCGUCGACAAAGUACUGGAUUUCCAAGAGGAAGUUCCAAAUACAGAGGAGUUACAUUGCACAAAUGUGGGAGAUGGGAAGCUAGAAUGGGCCAAUUCUUAGGCAAAAAGUAUGUGUAUUUAGGUCUCUUUGAUACCGAAGUUGAAGCGGCGAGAGCUUAUGAUAAAGCUGCCAUCAAGUGCAAUGGCAAGGAAGCUGUGACCAACUUUGAUCCUAGUAUAUAUGACAGUGAACUCAAUGCAGGAGCUGGUAGUAACAAGGAUCAUAGUCUUGAUUUGUGUCUCGGCUCAUCGCCUUCAUCGCUUGAAUUCAAGGGCAACCAACCACUUCCAAAAUUCCAAUCUCAGCCUAAUUGGAGUAAUAGUAAUAAUCGCGGCUUUAAACUUAAGCUACAAGAUGAACAAUUUAGAAACAACAAACAAAACAACAAUCCAUACUUUCAAACAUCCAACAGCAAUGAGUUAAGCAGAUAUGAGCAGCUCAGAGUUAUCGGCGAAAACCCGAUAUUUCAUCAUCUACAACCACCAUCACAUCCUCAAAAUUAUCAGUUAUCAAGUAGUAGUACCAGUAGUGGCAGUAAUGGAGGUAGUAGAGUCAAUGUAGACACAAUUGAGCAGCUUCAAAGAAGGCAGCAAUGGAGUUCAUCAUCAACUUCAAACAAAAGUAACAACAAUAGUAAUGGAUGGCCUUGUUAUAUAUCACCAUCACAGCCAAUGUUUGCAACCACUGCAGCAGCAUCAUCAGGAUUCCCAUCACAAGUCAUUAAAACUCCAAGUUGGUUCCCAAAGAUCAAUGGAUUCCAAUCACUUAAAAGACCCACUUGAUCAACUAUAUGAUCAUUCCUUUUAGUUUCUCUCAUGUGAACACAUACAUAUAUGUGGGUCUUGUAAUUUCUAAGCAUGAAUCUUGCUUUAAGCUUUCUCCUUAGCUUAGAACAACAAUGGAUCCUCAAUGAUUAUGUAAAGAAGACCUUUGGGUCAAGAACAACAGAAAAAUAACAUGAAAUUGUUGGGAGAGAGUUUCUGGGUUAACCCAUCUUUGUUGGUAUGGUCUUCAUGGGUCAACGAUGAUUGACUACUGGUCAAUUAUUUAUUUAUUUAUUUAAAGCAAACGAUUCGUUGA